CCGAAAUCGUUUAAAUCUUUAUCUUUUGCGCUACCGAAAGAAACCCCGCAAUCUGUGACAGACUCUGCCAGCGAAGACGCACCAAAGACUACGGAAAAAUUGACUGAUUUUGACAUGACUAGCCUCAUUCGUGGAACCACGGAUUUGAAAAUAGGCAUCACGGACCGGGCGAAAGCGAAGUUGGUCGAAAUCGCCAAGGAUGACCGACUUGCCGACUUGGCUCUCAAAGUGAAGGUCGAGAGUGGUGGCUGCCACGGGUUCCAGUAUGAUUUCGAGCUUUCGAGCUUGAAAGAAGAGCUCGAAAAAGAUGACGAAUUGGUGGUCUUUCAAAGACGAGACUCUAAUAUGGCCACAGUAGUCUUCGACGAGUCUUCGCUAGAAAUUCUCCAGGAUUCCAAGCUUGACUAUACCAAGGAAUUGAUCGGGUCCUCGUUCAAGAUGGUCGACUCGCCAUACACGUCGACGUCGUGUGGAUGUGGCGCUUCUUUUGACUUUGACUUCGAAAAGCUCGAGAACGCGAAG